AUGAGCUCAGUGAUGUCUCCAUGGCAAUUGUUUAGUUAAUACUCAGUGAUAUUCUUAAUGCAGAUACUAUUACAACAUUUAGAUAGAGAUUUGGACAGGUACAUGGACAGGGAAGGUUUGAAGGAUAUGGGCCAAACGCAGGCAUGUGGAACUAGUGUAGAUGGGGGCAUCUUAAUCGGCAUGAGUAAGUUAGGUUGAAGGGUCAAACACUGUGGAGUAAAAAUUCCAAAGUGUUGAUGAGUUUUAAGUCUACUUUACUGUUGUGUCCAAAACAGAGAAACCUGAUGCCAACGGUCUCAAAAGCAAUUAUGAUUUGGUCAGUGCAUCUACCUUCAUGUGCAACUGGUUGAAAUACCACAGCAGCUGAAUUGUUUCUGGAGGGAUGGGUAAAAUACUUCUUGAAACCAGAAAGGGAAUAAAGUUUUUUGGAACAAAAAAAGUACAAACUCUGGAGUAAAUUAGUGGAUCAGGCAGUAAGUUUUUACUAGUAAUACAAUAUUCACUCUUUCUUUCAUUAGAUUUUGAAAAUCUCUACAAAGACUGAUUCUAUUAUAGUGAAAGAGCAUGGAAACAAUUUGCUCCUGCUGAUCAAGAUGCCCCAUCUACACUAGUCCCACCUGCCUGUUUUUGGCCAAUAUCCUUCUAAGCCUUUCCUGUCCAAAUGUAUUUUGAAUGUUGCUACAGUACCUGCCUCAACUACCUGCUCUGGCAGCCUUUUCUAUAUGCCCAUCCUCUAUAUAAAUAUGUUGCCUCUCGGGUUCCUAUUAAAUCUUUCCCUUCUCAUCUUAAACUGAUGUCCCCUAGUUUUUGAUUCCCCUACCCUGGGUAAAAGACUGUGCCUUCACCCUAUCUAUUCCCAUCAUGAUUCCCCUUGUUGUUUUCGAUUAUAAAAUAAAACUGGGAAAAAUGAGCGCAGGUAGAUGGGACUAGGGGAAAAUAAGUGUUUGGCACGGACUUGAAGGGCCGAGAUGGCCUGUUUUCCGUGCUGUAAUUGUUAUAUGGUUAUAAAAUAACAAAUGUUUUACAACACUGAUCCAAUGUAAUGAUCAAUGAUACUUUAAGAUACUGUAAGAUAGGGUAACUAUUAUAUUGCGGGUAAAAACUUGCUGCCUGAUCCACUGAGUUACUCCAGCACUUUGUGGGUUUUUUUAUGAUAACUGUUAUAUUACCCAUAAAAGCAUUCUACCUGAUUGAUGCACUAACAAAUAAAGUACCAUACCAUACUGAGUUUCCCCAGCAUUUUCUGCUUUGAUUUCAGAUUUCCAGUAUCUACAGAAUUUUUGUUUUAAUAACACUGCUUGCAUGUUCUUUUCUCCCAUUCUAGUCUUCUCAGUGAGAUAUCACAAAGGACUUGGUCGUAGUUCUUUUAGUCCCUUCAUUGGGAACCACCUCAAGCCCUUCACUGCUGCCCUGGGCAAUGGUAGCUGGAAAAGGGCAGUAGCCGCGCAUGCGUGAGGCAGGGGCGCCCCGGCGGCGGUUUGGCGUCGCCAUGGCGACGGGAAUCCGGGCCGACCGCCGCCGUUGGCCGCUUGCAGCCUACCCCGACCUCUGCAAAGUGGUCGAAAAUAACCCGCAACCGCUCAUCUGCUGAUCCACCAUCCGCCGCGAAAGAGAAACACCGUUGGCAGGUGCCGAAAUUUGAGAUGACUACUGAUGCUUUAAACAUGGCGCAUGCACCAAUACCUCCAAUACACAUUGGUGCUACAGUACCCGAGUCAUUUACUGUGCUUCAGCAUCGGAUCAUUGCAGCUGAGGAGCAAACAGAUGCUAUCAUUCAAGAAUUAGAGAGCCUGGGAUUCGGUGUUGAGGCCUCUGGAGAACCCAAGAUUGAUGCUUAUAACAGCCACAGGCCUGUUAGUCCCCUCCAUGCCAGAAAAGCAUUUGGUGUUGAAAGUGAGGUUCUAUGGAAAAAUUAUGAAUUUCUCGUGAGCCAUGUAUGCCGACUGGAAAGUGUUAUACAAACAAUGAAAUUAAAUCUAUUUCGAAUACAGACAGCAAAAGAGCUCAACCCAGAAUAUUCAGUGGACCAAUUAGCUGCAAUGCAGGAAGAACAUGUUCAGGAAGUAAAGAAAAUACAGCGGGAUAUUAUGCGUUUCAGACAGCAGCUGAAUGAAGUUAGUGAAGAAAAAGAGGCAGCUCAGGAUGAAAUAGAAAGGCUGAGUGCUGCUCUGGAAAUAACCACAACAACUAAGACAAAUAUGGCGAUGGCAGCAGAAGAACAGAAAGCAACAAACACCAGAAUGAGCCAAAAAAUGCAAGAGGUGACAAAGGAAUUGGUCCAGGAAGUAAAUCUCCGAAAAGCAUUGGAAGAAUCCCAUAUUCAUCUGUUACAACGGGUACAGGAAUUGGAUAAAGUCGUAGAGAUUGAAAGAAAGCAGGUCCAGGUGCUACAGCAGGACAGCCUUGGACUCAGAAAAAAUGAGCAGAUGACUCAAGAGAGAUUGCAACAAGAGCUGCAAAAAGCAAGUGAUUUUGAGAAAAUUCAAAAACAGCUAAAAAUAGAAUCAGAAGCUAAGAAGUCCAUUAUUUCCUUGCUGGCAGAUGAAGGCAAGAAAACACAACUGAUGCUAAAGAACCAACAGGAAGAAAAUGCCAACCUUCAAAAUGAGAUUGCAUCACUGAGGAAUUUGGUGGAAAAGUUGCAGGCUUUGAAUGACCAGCUAGAUGCACAGUGUACAGAAAUGAGUGACACACUGCGUUCUUUAUCUGUGGAGAAUGCUAAGCUUAUAAUAGAGCAUGAAACGUCUUUAAAGGGUGAACAGGAAAAAAUGAAAGAAAAAUUGCAUGAACAGGAACUUUUACUGGAUGCAGCUCGAGCAAAUAUUUCAGCAGAUCUCCAGUGUGCAGUGAAUGAAAAGCAUCAGUUAAAAAAGGAGUUAGAAGCUCUAAGACUAGAGUUUACGGAGAUGCAGCAGAAAUGUGAGACAAUGCAGAAAAGUGCAAUAACACAACAGAUGCUUCUUGAGUCUGAAAUUACCCACCUAAAAGAGAACUUGAAGACAUCUGUUAAUAAAUGUGAACACAUUAAAAAGGAAAAGGAAACCCAAAUGGAUCAGGCAAAAAACACAAUUGAUAAUAUUACAAAGGAGAAGAACAUACUUGAGAAACAAAUAACUAAGAAUCAGUCUAGAGUGCAGAAAUUACAGGAAGAAUUACAGUGCAGAUUUGAUGCUGGCUUUGAAAAUGAUCAAUUACGGAAAGUUAACGCACUGCUUGAGACUAAAUAUUCUCAGAUACAGUUGAUACUGGAACAAAAGGUAAAAGACUUGGCCUUGACCGUAAUUUCACAUGAUCAAGCACUUUUUGAAACACAAAAGCUUAAAGAACAUAUAGAGAUGAUGGAAGAUAAAGAAAGACGGAAGAUUACAAAUCUUCAACGACAUUUAACGGACUCUAAGCAAGAUAAUAGUCAAAUGGCAGCAACUGUGGAGAAUGUGUUAUCGUCACACAGACAACUCCAGCAGACAAUGGAUAAACUACAAAUGGAACUUGAACAAAGAAUCAUGGAGAUACAUAGCUUGCAAAAGGACAAGUCUCACGCCCAAAUAAUUCUACAGAGACUGCAGGCUGAGCUGGAAGAUCUACAGGGUAAACUGGCUAACAUGGAAACACAACACAAUGUUUGCUCCAGAAAAUGUUCUCUCACUCCAGGUAGUCUCAAGGGGAUGCCUUUCCAUGAAGGACUAGAGGUUGCUCGACAAGAUAAUAAGAAACUAGCACACAGUUUGGAACAGACUUUGCACGCAAGCAAUAAUUUACAGAUUAAAUUAAAUCGACUACAAGAUGAAUUGGAUAAUAAAGAAAAUAAGCAGCAGCAACUUCUCCACAACAGAGAACAAGAAACUGAGAAUGCAACAAUGGAAUCCAAAAUAUUCAAUGAACAAAUUGAAACUUUGAAAAAACAAUUCCAAAAUGAGCGAGAGAUAGUGAAGAAAGCCAGUCAAAAAGAAAUCAUUGAACUUAGAAAAGCUCUGGAUGAGACCACAUCCAGAUCUGCAGAUCUUUCACGGGCUAAUAGAGAAUUGCGACUGAAAGUUACUGAAUUUGAGAAGAGCAUAAUGUGUUUGAAGGCAAAGAUCAAAGAUCAGAAAACACAGCUGAAACACUAUCUGGAGUCGAAAAAAACUGCUGCUCAAAAUACAGAAAGAAUCAAGGAGUUUGAAGCUGACUUGAAGCAGAUGGAGAUAAUAAAAGACCAAUAUCAGAAAAAGAACAAUGAGCAGUCUCAAAUGAUUUCAACGUUUAGGAAAGAGAUGCAGAUGUUGCAAGAGGAACUUCAGAAUGUGGCAAAAAGUCAAAAUGAAGCAUCAUCACUCUACAGACAACAAGAAAUUCAGCUAAAGAAAGAAUGUAAGCUCAGUCUGGAGCUGAGGAAUAAAUGUCAGGGUCUUGAGGAGAAGGUAAAACAUCUACAAAAUUGCACAGAGGAAACUGAGCACAAGCUAAAGGAAGCAAGUUUGGAAUCACAACAGAUCAGUGCUAAUUUGGAGGAAGCACAUAAAUGGUUCAAGUCCAAGUUUGACAGACUCCAAACAGAACUGAUAAAAACGCGUGGAAUAGAUACAUCAAAAGAACAAUUGUGCAAUGGUGAAAAUUUCAAGAAGACGAGCAGGGAAAUAUGUUUGAGCUCAAGACAAAAGUCAAAGGCUAUCGCUUGUCCAGCAGAUGCCAGGCAGGUCAUGCGGCACAGGAAAUCCUCCACCUCUCCAGAACGAGACGAUUUGACCUGACUUUAUGAAAUACUAUGUUCGGAAUUUCAACCUCUUCCUACAAGGAGGUGCACCAGAGCUCUUCAAAAUUAGCAUACAAGUACAGAUUGCCAAUAACACUGGAUCAUUUUUCAGUAGGUCGUAUUUUUAGCAGCACCACAUAAACAAUGCAUACCAGGAUAAUCAACAACAACUGAUUGCUCAAACGGACUACAAUGUUAUUAUUAUUGUUAACCCUGAUAUGUUGAUAGCCUACGACAGCCAGAUAGGGUCAUUGGAUCCUUUUCUAUGACCAUGCAGUAUAAACCUGGCACAUCGGGUGAUAACAGUGAGCCAUCAUCUCAAACUGACUGCACCUCCUCAAGCAUGUAGCAUAGCUGACUUUAUAGAAUGGUUCUCUUCUCACAAGAGACUCAAAAUCCUUGACUUCAGCAGCCACAACAAAAAGUUAUCCAUCAAUUUAUAGUGCUGUGUCUCUUCAGAUGUAUGCCAGCACUUAAAUUUCUCUUUCCCUUCAUUUUAAUGUAUUGUCCCAUUGAUUUUGAAAAACUGUUAAUGGGUUAAGAUGCCUUCUAAACGAUUACUACGGUGCAUAUUAGUUUUUAUGCAGCCACUUUGCCUUUUAUUGUUACUUCAAAUGUUGCUUAAUGUAGUCUUUUCACCGAUUAGUGGUCUACUAUUUAUCCAAGUCCCUACUCACAAAUGAAGUUGUACCAACUCAAAAACCAAGAAAACAAUUGGAUAUAAGUUGCACACUUUCAUUUUAGGUGGUCUAAAAAUGUAAAUUGCUAUUCAGGUAGUAAUAAAAUGAAAAAUGGAGAAUGUAGCUUUUGAUUGUUACUGUAUUUCAUCAGCAAAUUUUUGAAGAACUGUUGUGUGUGGAGUGUGUUCGCAGAACAGGCAAUUUCAAUCAAAAUUGUGCAUUGACUUUUUUAAAUUAUAUAUAAUACUUAAUAUUACAUUUGUCAGUGAGAAUGUAUUACAGAUUAAUUUAUUUGAAAGUCAUUAUUUAAAAUAGUGUAAAAUAUCAAAUAUUCACAAUCUAUUUACAGAUCAAACCCCCUUUUCAGUUAGAUGAAAUCAUAGUAUUUUCUCCCAAUUUAGCUGAAGUAUUUGAAUUUCUGGCAGAUAGUUAUACAAAUGUGUAAUGUUGUACUAGUGGUGUUGCUGCAUCAAUCUAGUAAAUUGUCAUGUUGUUCCAGUCCAUAUGUCAUAUAUCUCAUUUUGUUUGUUAAAGCAUAAAUGAUAAAUAUUUUUUAAAUGUAAAUUCAAUGUAGAGUAAAUCAUGAUUUUUUUAUAUACAUUUUAUAAAAACACUGGAUUCAUUAAAAUGUCAUUGUCUUAAUUUGA